AACAGAAAUGAUGUGGACAUUUACCCCGGUUUGGAUAGAGGAAGACGAGCUGUAUAAAAGGUCGAGAGAAGAUAACGAAGAACAGACUUUAUCUGGAUCAAACUCUGGAAUCAAAGAUGAGACGCGUCUUCGUUUUAUUGGCUGUGUUGUGUGUGUGUGACGGCGUGAGGUUCGGUCAGCUCUGCAGUGGAAACUCUGCAAACAGCCAGAGGACGUCUGACAAAUGGGGGAGGGGAAACUACGGAGCCAGACGUGGGGACCGGCUCCACAAAGGUCUGGACAUCGUGUGCAGCGACGGAUCGAUCGUCUACGCUCCGUUUGACGUGACGUUAAACGGGAGAGUCACCGUGUACAACGACCCCACGAAGGCGGCCAUCAACAGCGGCAUCAACCUGAGCGGACAGGGUCUGUGCUUCAAGCUGUUCUAUGUCCAGCCGGACCGGACCUCGGGCAUGGUGAGGGCAGGGCAGCGGCUCGGUGUCAUGCUGCCGAUGCAGAGCGUUUACCCAGGAAUCACCUCUCACAUCCAUGUCCAGAUGUGUGACCGCAGCGACCCCACAUCACACUUCUGAUGUAACCAUUUGUCUGUGGUCACAGUAAUCUUCGGUUUUAAACCAAUAAACCUACUGAGUGCUGUGGGGUUUAUGUAGUCAUUGGCUUAGUUGAAUACUCAAUUCUGAUUGGUCUAAUUGAACAUUUCAGAGGUAGUUUUUCUAGAAAGAGAAACAAUACCAUCACUUUUAAGUCAAUAAAAUAUUUUCCAAUUA